CGUCAAAUUUAAAGGGAAAAAAAGUUCUAAAAUUACAGAGUACACGCCGAUGCUCUCUACCAUUAGGGUUCUUCAAUAUUUCAUACAUACUAUCCAGUAGCACAAAGAUGACUUUAUCAGAGGAGGAGCUCUCAAGACUUUUCAGAGUUCGUAAGACACUGAUGGAAAUGUUGUCUGAUAGGGGCUACCUUGUUGGAGAUUUUGAGAUAAAUAUGUCAAAAUAUGAGUUCCUUCAGAAGUAUGGUGAGAACAUGAAGAGAGAAGACCUUGUACUUCAGAAAGCCAAACGUAACAACAGUUCUGAUCAAAUAUAUGUGUUCUUUCCGGAGGAGCCAAAGGUUGGUGUUAAGACCAUGAAAACUUAUACAGAGCGCAUGAAAAAAGAAGAUGUCUUCCAAGCAAUCCUGAUUGUACAACAAAAUUUGACUCCCUUCGCUCGUACCUGCAUAAGUGAAAUAUCUAUAAAGUUCCACUUGGAGGUUUUCCAGGAGGCAGAGAUGUUGGUAAACAUAAAAAACCAUGUUCUAAUUCCUAAGCACCAAACACUUACUCCUGAAGAAAAGAAGACCUUGUUGGAAAGAUAUACUGUGAAAGAAACUCAGCUUCCUCGGAUUCAGAUCACCGACCCAAUUGCUAGAUAUUACGGGCUAAAACGUGGCCAAGUCGUGAAAAUUAUUAGACCAAGUGAGACUGCAGGGCGUUAUGUUACUUACCGAUAUGUGGUCUGAACUAGUUUUUGAUGUUUUCACCGGUUGAAAGGUAAACAGUGGAUAGAAGAGACAAGUAGUGUAGUUGUUGUUAGUUUUUUUCUUCUGCUUUUCCCCCUUAAGAAGAGGGGUUGAGAAUCUCAAGUUUUCUCUACCCGUCUAACCAUGUAAAAACAGGGACGCUUUACGUUCUUGAAUCGAUAACCAUCUUUUGUUAGCUUAGCCUUUCCUGUUUCUUUCC